GCCCCGGCGGGUCACGUGGUCCGGUGCGGUCAAGAGCCGCCCGGCCCGGUCCCGGAGGCGGCGGGCAUGGCCAACGUUUCCAAAAAGGUGUCUUGGUCCGGCCGCGACCAGGACGACGACGAGGCGGCGCCGCUGCUGAGGAAUGCGGGGCGGCCCGCGGAGCCUGCCGGAGAGGACGCGCCGCUGCUGAACGGGACGGGGCCCGCCGCCCGCCAGACUCCUGCACCAGGGUCUGUUUGCGCUGGGCACAUGAGCACCGUGGAGCUGGAUGAUGAGCUGCUGGACCCAGCGGCGCCCCCGUCCCCGCUGCCUAAGGAGAUCCCGCACAACGAGAAGCUGCUGUCGCUCAAGUACGAGAGUCUGGACUAUGACAACAGUGAGAACCAGCUGUUCCUGGAGGAGGAGCGACGCAUCAACCACGCGGCCUUCCGGACAGUGGAGAUCAAGCGCUGGUUCAUCUGCGCCGUCAUCGGUGUCCUCACGGGCCUGGUGGCCUGUUUCAUCGACAUCAUGGUGGAAAAGCUGGCCGGCCUCAAGUACAUGCUGGUCAAGGGCAACAUCGACAAGUUCACGGAGAAGGGGGGUCUGUCCUUCUCGCUCCUGCUCUGGGCUGCCCUCAACUCCGCCUUCGUGCUCGUUGGCUCCGCCAUCGUCGCCUUCAUAGAGCCUGUGGCCGCAGGGAGUGGGAUCCCGCAGAUCAAGUGUUUCCUGAACGGAGUGAAAAUCCCCCACGUGGUGCGUCUGAAGACUCUGGUGAUCAAGGUGUCCGGUGUGAUCCUGUCCGUGGUGGGCGGCCUGGCUGUGGGCAAGGAGGGGCCAAUGAUCCACUCUGGCUCUGUCAUCGCUGCCGGCGUCUCGCAGGGGAGAUCGACGUCCCUGAAGCGGGAUUUCAGGAUCUUCGAGUACUUCCGCAGGGACACAGAGAAGCGGGACUUUGUCUCGGCGGGAGCUGCCGCUGGAGUGUCCGCUGCAUUUGGCGCCCCUGUGGGCGGGGUCCUGUUCAGUCUGGAGGAAGGUGCUUCUUUCUGGAACCAGUUCCUCACGUGGAGAAUCUUCUUUGCAUCCAUGAUCUCUACCUUCACCUUGAACUUCGUCCUGAGCAUCUACCACGGGAACAUGUGGGACCUCUCCAGCCCUGGCCUCAUCAACUUCGGCAGGUUCGACAGCGAGACUAUGGUGUACACCAUCCACGAGAUCCCCAUCUUCAUCGCCAUGGGCGUGCUGGGUGGCGUGCUUGGAGCCGUGUUCAACGCCCUGAACUACUGGCUGACGAUGUUCCGAAUCAGGUACAUCCACCGGCCCUGCCUGCAGGUGGUCGAGGCCAUGCUGGUGGCCGCCGUCACAGCCACGGUCGCCUUUGUGCUCAUCUACUCAUCCCGGGACUGCCAGCCUCUGCGGGGAAGCUCCGUGUCCUACCCGCUGCAGCUUUUCUGCGCAGAUGGCGAGUACAACUCGAUGGCAGCUGCCUUCUUCAACACCCCAGAGAAGAGUGUGGUCAGCCUCUUCCAUGACCCCCCAGGUUCCUACAACCCCCUCACGCUCGGGCUCUUCACCCUGGUCUACUUCUUCCUGGCCUGCUGGACCUACGGGCUGACCGUGUCAGCCGGCGUCUUCAUCCCCUCCCUGCUCAUCGGCGCCGCCUGGGGCCGGCUGUUCGGCAUCUCCCUGUCCUACCUCACGGGUGCUGCGAUCUGGGCGGACCCAGGCAAAUACGCCCUGAUGGGAGCAGCAGCUCAGCUCGGUGGGAUCGUGCGGAUGACGCUGAGCCUGACGGUCAUCAUGAUGGAGGCCACAAGCAGCGUGACCUACGGCUUCCCCAUCAUGCUGGUGCUCAUGACCGCCAAGAUCGUGGGCGACGUCUUCAUCGAGGGCCUGUACGACAUGCACAUCCAGCUGCAGAGCGUGCCCUUUCUCCACUGGGAGGCCCCUGUCACUUCCCAUGCACUCACUGCCAGGGAGGUGAUGAGCACGCCAGUCACGUGUCUGCGCAGGAGGGAGAAGGUGGGCGUCAUUGUGGACGUGCUCAGUGACACAACCUCCAACCACAACGGCUUCCCCGUGGUGGCACCCGCCGGUGACGCCCAGCCCGCCCGGCUCGAGGGCCUGAUCCUGCGCUCGCAGCUCAUCGUGCUGCUCAAGCACAAGGUGUUCAUGCAGAGGUCCAACCUGAUGCGGCGGCGGCUGCGGCUGAAGGACUUCAGGGACGCGUACCCGCGCUUCCCGCCCAUCCAGUCCAUCCACGUGUCCCAGGACGAGCGCGAAUGCACCAUGGACCUGUCUGAGUUUAUGAACCCCUCUCCUUACACCGUGCCCCAGGAGGCGUCUCUGCCCAGGGUCUUCAAGCUCUUUCGGGCCCUGGGCCUCCGGCACCUGGUGGUGGUGGACAACCUCAAUCAGGUGGUGGGACUCGUGACCAGGAAGGACCUGGCCCGGUACCGGCUCGGGAAGGGCGGCCUGGAGGAGCUCUCUUUGGCCCAGACGUGAGCGGGGCCUGCCCCAGCCCUCCCUGCCCUGCACCCUGGACACCUCCCAGCUGCUCCCUCCUGUGUGUGUACACGUGUGCGUACAUGUGUGUCCAUGUGCACACCUGCAUUCUUUCUCUGGCUUCUGUCCCAGCCCCGAGAUCGGGGGCAGCCCUAGGCAGGAGCCACCUGGCCCGGGCCCCGCCAGACACGGUGGGGACUAG